AUGAAAAGAUUUAUUUAUAUUUUUACUAUUUUAAUAAUAUUAAAUUUAAUUAACGCAAAAAUUUUUACUAAUCAAUCAAGUAACUACAGCAAUAAACAAGACAACAGUAAUAGCUCACAGACUAAUUAUAGUACUACAAAGACUGAAUAUAAUAGUCCAGAGACUAACUGUACUCCACAGACCACCACUGCACAGACUACCACUAAUAGUACUCCACAGACUACCACUGCACAGACUAACUGUACUCCACAGACUAAUAGUAGCCUAAGCAGUACUACACAGACUAACUAUAACAAAUCAAGCAGUACUCCACAGAAUAAUAGUAGUCUAAGCAGUACACAAGCCAACUGUAGACCAAGCAGUACACAGACUAACUGUAACAGUAACAGAUUAAGUAAUUCACAGACUAACUGUAACAGGUCUAACAGUAACUGUAAUAAAUCAAGUAACUGCUGUAAGCCAAGCAGUACACAAGCAAACUGUAAUAAAUUAAGUAAUUCACAGACUAACAGUAACAGAUCUAAUAGUAGUAUGACUAACUGUAACAGGUCUAACAGUAAUAGAUCUAACAAUAGUACACAAGCCAACUGUAAUAGAUCAAGUAACUGCUGUAAGCCAAGUGGUGGCUGCUGUGGUCCACAGACUAACUGCUGUAAGCCAAGUGGCGGCUGCUGUAAGCCAAAGACUAACUGCUGUGGUCCAAGUGGCUGUAAGCCAAGUGGUGGUUGUUGUAAGCCAAGUGGUGCCUGCUGUAAGCCAAGUAGUGGCUGCUGUGGUCCAUGUGACUGUAAGCCAAAGACUAACUGCUGUACGCCAAGUGCUGCCUGCUGUAAGCCAAGUGCUGGCUGUUGUAAGCCAAAGACUAACUGCUGUACGCCAAGUGCUGCCUGA